CACCCAAACAUUCGCUGAAUUUGGUAUGUCAUACAUAGGUAGGUACCUACUAUUUCCAUAUCAAAUUGUUGAAUUGGAUGUUUUCAGAAUUUGGGGUGUUAGUCAGGUGAUUUCUUACUUUGUGCAUCCGUGCAGAGAAGGCGUCUCUAGCCUUAGCUCCUCCAACCUGGAUUGGAUUUGAUAGCUUUCAAUCAACAACACAAUCAUUUCACAACUUGUCAAGCAGCAACUUUCAUUCAACUCCAGUACGCAAAUACAACUAGGGAGGGAAAUAAUCAUGGCAGAAUCUGAUCUCGCCCCAAAAUUCGCCCCCUUCUUCGGAAUGGUAUGGGACUCGAGCUUCGUGGUCUUAUUGACGGUGUUAUACUAACAGCUUCUGCAGGCUGGCAUUGCGUUUGCGAUGACUUUCGGAUGUAUGCCCAUCAAUCUCCAAGCCUACAUAUAUGACAUAUCACUAAUAACUUCAAGGCAUCGGGGCCGCAUAUGGUACAGCAAAGUCUGGAAUAGGAAUUGCAGGUGUUGGUACCUUUAGACCCGACUUGAUUAUGAAAGUACGCAGCCACUAGAGAAGAUCUAUACAGGUUACUCCUGCUAAUUGAUGUUCUAUCUAGUCACUUAUUCCUGUCGUCAUGUCCGGUAUCAUUGCCGUCUAUUCUCUUGUCAUCGCCGUUCUGAUAGCAGGAGAUAUUGGACCCCCUCCUGGACAAAGUUACAGCUUAUUCAAGUACGCAUACCUCAUCCGACUAUACCUAGGUCAACACUAAUAUAUUUAUAGCGGAUUCAUGCAUUUGGCGUGCGGUCUGUCGGUCGGGUUGACGGGCCUGGCCGCUGGAUAUGCCAUUGGAAUAGUUGGUGACAUGGGCGUUCGAUCAUACAUGCAACAAUCACGAAUCUUCGUUGGAAUGGUCUUGAUAUUGAUUUUCGGCGAAGUUUUGGGACUAUACGGGUACGUUAACUUAAAAAAUUAGCAUCGAACUGUCUCGUUUAAAUCGUACUAAUUUGCCAUUGCAGUUUGAUUGUCGCUCUUAUCCUCAACACCAAGAGCAGAGCUUAAAAGAUUCACCCAACGGACAUAAAUGUUUUAUUUCCGGCCAUACGACAACAUUAUUUGAUUAGAUAUGGUUUGAUGGCAUUGCUUGGAGUUUAGGUUGUGCAUAAUUGUAACAGACGUGCUGAAUGUUUCAAAAUUGAUCUCUGUACAAUUCUUUCGAAACAAGUGCAGUCAUAGUCUUCAACUUUAACAUGACGAACUUCCUUUCUGAAUAUCACUGGUUGGAUUCAUGCGAUUCUUGGUCGGGAUACAGACGGGAUAAAUCGCAGCACGUGUCGAAGAUUCGGGGCAAUUCCUAUUCCUAUUAGGAACGGUUAUACCCAUCAACUUUGUCUGGCUGUAUUACCAUCUUUAUCUAUCCACUGCUCUAU